AUCCUGCCUUUUCAAUAUUUCCUAGGAUAUUUCAUUUUUCUGGGAAAGGGUUGGAUGAUAACUUUCCACAGAAGGUUGAAUUUCAUCGAUCGGAGUGGAACUUAAUGUGUAUUCCACAGGGCAGCAUGCAGGUCUCACUCCAUUCCAACUCCUGUUGGAGUAAUUGCAUAGCAAGGCUUUCUAACAUUGGAUGUGAGCUGAACAGCAGUGCACGUUCCUAUACUUUUAAAGUUUCGGAAGAAGAUGAUUCAGAGCAUUUCUUAGCUCUAAAUAUGGCUUGCCUGUCCGCGGGUGCCAAAGAAGAAUGCAACAUUGUGGAGGUGGUGGGUCAUGACUAUCAGAACAAGGAGGUUGCUGUUCCUGUGGCUAACCUGAAGCUGUCGUGCCAGCCCUGGUUGUGUUUAGAUAAUUUUGAGUUCCAGCCCCCAGUGACCUUCCGUCUGCGCUCAGGAUCUGGCCCUGUUCAUCUUUCAGGACAACAUCAAAUCUUUCACAGAAAGGAUCUUUCAGAUGAAGACGUCAGUGAUGAUGAUGAUGAUGAUGAAUCUAUUGAUCAGGAGGAAGAGCUUUCACCUAUCAAGCCAGCCAAGAAGAAACAAAAAUCAUAGCUGAGCUUCUCUACCUCUUGCCUGCCUUAUGGUUUCCUGAAGGUCCAGCAACUCCUGUAUCAUCUUCCUGGGUUUUGUAUUGUCUCCUUUCUGUUGAGAGUAGUCUCCACAUACAGACUCUCAUACCUAAUCCAGCAGCACUGUCUGCCAGAGACUUUCUGAUAGCUGGCUGGCAGCGACAGAAGCAGAGACGCUACAGAGAUUGCAGUCUAGAAUGACCGUGAAUCGGAGCAGGGAUUGCGGCUUCCAGAAGGUCUGGAUUCACUGCUGGUAGAGAAAAGCAGAGCAAUCAUUCUCAGGUGGCUGUAAGGGUUGGACCAGCAUGGCUGGUUCUGCAUUGUUCAAAGGGCAUUUGGGAGGGUGUUUCUUUAUUAAAGCAAUCAAGGAAGAAAAACAUGAAUUCUUAACAUGGUCCCUAAAAUGAAAUUAUACCCUGUUACUGAAAUUUGUUGCUUCUCCUGGUUUUGGUGAAGAUAACAAAUUGCUUCAGUGUGGAAUUCCCCUGUCUCCUUUUGGGUAUGUAUAUGGAUGGGGCAUUGAGGUACAAACAUGUACAUAAACAUUCACCAGCAAAAUAGGUAUAUUUUGAGCAACAAAUCUAUUUAAUUCCUGUUCAAUGAUUAAAUUGGAUUCCAGAUCUGAGAAAACACAUUUUGUUGACUGGAGUUCUUUUACUUUGGCCGUCCCCAGCUUGGGGCUUCUGUUGAACUAUCAAUUUGCAUCGUCUCCAGCCAGCACAGGGCGUGUUGGUUGAGGGAAAAUGAGGGCUAGUAAUUCAGGGCAUCCAAAUAGGGUGAGAUUGAACCCACUAUUCAAAUAUUUAUUGGAUAUUUGCCAAGAAAGAGAUUGCAAAAGAAGUAUAACUAGAGGCUUGGGUUGGAUCCUUAAGGACAAUAGUGCACAGAGUUGAAUAGUUUCUUUGGUCAUUUAGGUGAUCAGGUGUGUUCUGUGGUUCUAAUUGUUGAAAUCCUUGAAUGCCUGACACAUCUUUUUAUCAGACAAAAGGAGACAUACUCCUUUUGUAUCUGAUCACACUUGGUCAAAUAAAGUAUUCAAUUAAAUUCAAAUCUAAUAAAAUAACAUUUCUGGGACAAAAAGCUUUGGGAAAGAUGAAUCAGACAGAUUAAUAGAUGGGUGAUGCUGAUAACUUGAUGUUGGAAGCCUUUGCAAGAAAGCUAGAACCACAGAAGUUUCUCUACACCUGUUUUCAGCUCAAUCUCCAAAUCAGCCUCCCCAGUCUGGUUUUUUCUAGAUAAGCAGACCAACCACUUAGAGUUCCUCAUACCAGGCUGGGAAUAUGACAACAGUAGGGCAAGAAGGUCUUCAAGUCAUUUAUGAUUCAAAUGAUUUGUGGAAUGGGGUGACAUACUCAACAAAUUUCCUGAAAGCAUAGAUUUUUUUCCCUGCAAGCAAAAAAGUGUAGUUCUCAGUUUUAAACAGCUCUUCAUAAAAGAGCAGAUUCUUCAUGCAACCACAGGAUGGCA